AUGAGGUUUGAAAACGUCUUUUACUUGGCAGUUGCCACUGUGGCUGCUGCCGCACCAGUAGAGCAGACAAAAAAUGUUGUGGACCCUCACAACAGACUCUGGAAGGAUAGUGAAGAGUCGGUCAACGUUGUUGAUCCUCACAACAGGCUCUGGAAGAAGAGUGAAGAGUUGGUCAACGUUGUUGAUCCCCACAACAGACUGUGGAAGGACAGCGAAGAAUCAACAAAUGUUGUGGACCCUCACAACAGACUGUGGAAGGACAGUGAAGAAUCAGUCAAUGUUGUUGAUCCUCACAACAGACUGUGGAAGGAUAGUGAAGAGUCGACCAACGUUGUGGACCCUCACAAUAGACUGUGGAAGAAGAGUGAAGAGUUGGUCAACGUUGUUGAUCCCCACAACAGACUGUGGAAGGACAGCGAAGAAUCAACAAAUGUUGUGGACCCUCACAACAGACUGUGGAAGGACAGUGAAGAAUCAGUCAAUGUUGUUGAUCCUCACAACAGACUGUGGAAGGAUAGUGAAGAGUCGACCAACGUUGUGGACCCUCACAAUAGACUGUGGAAGGACAGCGAAGAAUCCACCAAUGUCGUCGAUCCUCACAACAGACUCUGGUAA